AUGGCACCCCAGGUAGAUCGUCUCAGAAGGAUUGGAAUUGAAGGCUUUGCGCUGGUCGAGGAUUGCUACGGCUGGCCAGGAAAGUCUGGAAGACUACUUUUUGGUCAAUACUAUGGUGCCAAGGUGAAGGAGCCGGUAAUUGCAAGCAAUGAGGCAGCUCAAUAUUAUGAUGGUAUGGUGAAAGAGCCUGUUAUCAAUAGCGAUGAGGCAGCUCAAUACUAUGAUGGCUUUGUGAUUGUGGACCAUUGUAGAAGAAACCAUUUCGAUCUCCAAGUUUCUUACUCAUAG